AUUCACUCCUUUUUUAUUUUUCUUUCUGACUUGAAAAAAAAAAUGCAAAUGACAACCAUGCCUGCAACAUCUGCUUUAUUUAAAUCUAAAUGGAAUCAUUUUAUAACAAAGUUCUCUCAUCAAGACAAUCAUAAAGAGAAUGACCAUACGAUGUAUACACUCUGUGACAACACACAAAGAAAGAACAGUGAUGCAAAUUCAGUUGAUUCAAUAGCGACCCUGGCAGACAAAUUUCGCCAAGUCAUUCCAUUCUUUCGCCGCAGAAGCUCAACAAGCAACAUUUCGACUGUGCAACAACAUAUGGCAGAUGAAUCCACAAGCCAACAUUAUAAUCUAUCAUUCUCUGCUGCGACAACAAAUACAACGACUGUAUCACCUGAUUAUACGGAGGCAUUCGAUAAACUCAAGUCAUUGUAUACACUUGCUGUAGAUGAGUUAAACUAUGCUAUUGACUCUCAAGGUUCUUCUUAUUAUUCAGGCGAUCUUGUUACUGCUCGGGAAGCCUUAAAUGACUGUGCCAAUGCAUUUAUGGAAUUACUCUUACAUACAACAGAUCCAGUGACACGUGAAGGUCUUCAGAAUCUAAUGGCACCUAAGCUCAUGCGACUUCAAAAAAAGCUGGAUACUUUACCAGAAGUAGAUGAAGACUAAAACUAUAUACCAAAAAAGAAGAAAAAACUAUUAUUAUUAUUAUUAUUAUUAUUAUU